AUGUCUACUCAUUAUGAUGCCAUCGUCAUUGGCUCUGGCCAAGGCGGCACGCCGCUCAGCAUGGCUUUUGCGAAGGCGCAGCACAAAACGGCGCUGAUUGAGAGCUCGCAUGUCGGCGGGUGCUGCAUCAACGAAGGAUGUACGCCGACCAAGACAAUGAUUGCGUCUGGAAGAGUUGCGUAUCUAGCGCAGCGAGGUCCUCAGUAUGGCAUAUACACCGGUGAUCAAGCUGAUGCUGCACAGAAUUAUGUCAAUGUCAAGAUGGAGGUUGUGAGGCAGCGGAAGCGCGACAUCGUCGAUAGUUUUCGCUCCGGUAGUGAGCGCAGAAUACGCGAAGCCGGAGUCGAUCUGAUCUUUGGUACCGCAUGUUUCAAGGACGAGCGCACAGUCCAUGUACGCACCCUUGACGGCCCUGAGAUGAGCCUCACGACCGAUCGUGUUUUCAUCUGUAGUGGAGAGCGCCCGGCGACACCAAAGAUUGACGGGUUCGAUGCUGCUGCUUUCCCAUCCGGCGUUGUACUGGACUCAACCUCGAUACAGGAGCUGGGGGUGGUGCCCUCUCAUCUCGUGGUGGUGGGUGGAGGCUAUAUUGGGCUCGAAUUUGGCCAGCUCUUUCGCCGACUAGGUGCUGCUGUUACUGUCAUCCAGCGAGGCGCACAGCUACUGUCCCGCGAAGAUGCGGAUGUCGCCCAAGCCAUGCUUAGUGUGCUGAAAGAAGACGGUGUCCGAGUUCUUCUUGAUGCGACCCCUACGGCAAUUCGUCCUGCUGGCAAUCAAGAUCCCGCUACAGCGGCCGUCGUAUCAGUCGCAGUGUCAGGUCAGGACGGUCAAUCGGAGCUGCAGGCAUCUCAUGUCCUGUUUGCUGCCGGUCGUGUACCCAACACGGAGACACUGAACCUCAGCGCUGCCAAUAUCGAGACUACGGCUCGCGGCCACAUCAUCACCGACGCGCAGCUACGCACAACCAACCCCCGAGUCUGGGCUCUUGGCGACGUCAAAGGUGGGCCUGCUUUUACACAUGUCUCGUAUGACGACUUCCGCUUGCUGCGCACCAACUUGCUUGAGCAGGGGAACCUCACAGUAAGUGAGCGUCUUAUACCGUACGUUGUCUAUACCGAUCCGCAGCUUGGGCACGUCGGGCUUCAUGAGCACGAAGCUCGCGAACAAUAUCCGAGUCGCAAGAUCCAGGUCGCCAGCAUGCCAAUGUCGUAUGUCGCACGAGCCCUGGAAACGGACGAGACUAGAGGCUUGAUGAAAGCAGUUGUUGAUGCUGAAUCGCAGAGGAUUCUCGGAUUCACCUGCUUAGGUAUCGAGGGUGGUGAGAUCAUGAGUUUAGUGGAGAUGGCAAUGAUCGGGGGAGUUAAAUGGACGGCAUUGAGAGAUGCCAUAUGGGCCCAUCCCUCACUAGCAGAGAGCUUGAAUAAUCUCUGGGGUUCUUUGAAAUGA